AUGACGGACAUACAAAAUGGACGUAUUCCUAAUUCGGAUAAUAAAAAUGUAAGCUUCACACAAAAUGAAACAAGCGAUGAUAAAACAUUGCUUGAGGACAUUGUCAAAGAAAAUGUUACCAUUAAUAUUGACAAUACCGAAGGCGGGAAAACUGACAUCUGUCAAAAUGGCAAAAUUGACGAAAAAAACGGCAGUGGACUUCUUAGAGAUGACAAUAAUAAAUUGGAUGUUCCAAAAGAUUUAUUGGGUGCGCCAAGGGGUGGUCAUAGGAUGUCGUUUAUGGAAGAGGAGAGCGCUAAAGAGAAAAUGAGAUUGUCUCUGCUGAAGCAAUGUUCGGCUAUUUUGAAACAGGGCGACCAGUGGUACAACAAGGAAUCUUUACAUCGGACUUUCCAGGACGAGGAUCUGCUCGAGAGGAUAUUCCGACUGUUCGACGUGGAGAGAAAAGACUACCUCGUACAGGAAGAUUGGAUCGAGUUCCUCAAGGAGAGACUUCCAGACGACAAGCAGCUGGACUUCGUGGAACAGAUUGAGAGCGUCGCCUACGUGCUAUGUGGCGACGGUGUCAUAUCGCAAGAGACCUUCCAGCUGAUUCUGCAGAACAAAGUGGUAACCAAGAAACUGUUUCGGCUCGUCGACACGGACGACGACGGCUACGUCACUGCUGACGACAUCAUGGAGUUCAUCGCCGCGGUCUCCAGCAGCAGACCACGUGUGGGCAUCGACAAGCCAAGCGUUGAUAGACUCGAGCAGUUGUUUAGGCAGACUGUGGGGGACGAGAAAGAGAUCACAAGGGAGCAAUUCCAGAAGAUUGUCGUCUCUAAAAACCCGUUCUUCACUGAGCGCGUGUUCCAAAUCUUCGACGAAGACAACUCUGGUACAAUUUCUCACCACGAGUUCAUCGCGGCAGUACACCGCUUUGGGCGGCAGACGCCCGAAGACAAGAUCAAGUUCCUAUUCAAAGUCUACGAUUUGGAUGGCGAUGGCUUAAUCCAACAUCGCGAGCUGCAGCACGUAAUGCGCGCGUGCAUGGAGGAAAACGGUAUGACGUUCAGCGAUGACCAACUUCUGGAGCUAACUGGCGCUAUGUUCGAGGAUGCGGACGUGGAGCAACGCGGCGCCAUCACUUACGAAGCGCUCAGAGAUCAGCUGAGCAAACAUGGCGGACUGCUGGAGAAUUUGUCUAUCAGCAUAGAUCGCUGGUUGGUCCCCCCACCACCAGACCCCGAGCCAACAUCAUUCCUCCAGAAACUGAACAAGAUGAAGCCGUACCAGCUCUCCUGGCCUUACUUAAAAAACAACCAGGUGUUCCUCGCGUACUUGGGCCUGUUCUUCUUAGUCAACCUUGGUCUAUUCGUGGCCAGGUGUGUGGAAUACAGGAACGCUAAUGGAUUCGUUAUGAUGGCUAGGGCUUGUGGUCAAUGCCUGAACUUCAACUGCUCCUGGGUACUGGUGCUUAUGCUACGGAAUUGUAUCACGGCGCUUCGAGUGCGAGGGUUGGGGUCCCUCUUGCCCCUCGACCAUCACAUAUAUCUGCACAAACUGACCGGCGUUCUUAUCAUCAUAUACAGCAUAGUGCACACUGUCAUGCAUCUGUGUAACUUCAGUCUGGUGGUGGUAAAGGACCCGGUGCUGAACGCGAAGAAUUACACGGUGUGGGAGUGGGUGGGUACAAGCCGGCCAGGCUUGUUCGGGCUGGUGGGCGGCGCCGCCAACCCCACGGGGCUAGCGCUGCUCGUCAUCCUACUGGUGCUGGCCACCAGCAGCCGUCCCGCCGUACGCAGAGGCGGCAGCUUCGAGGUAUUCUACUGGACCCACUUACUCUACGUCCCAUUCUGGGUGCUGGUGAUAUUCCACGCACCCAACUUCUGGAAGUGGUUCAUACUGCCCGGGACCAUUUACAUAAUUGAACGGAUCAUGCGUUUGGCCUGGAUGAGGUCAGAACGUGGCAAAACAUACAUAUCGUCAGGCAUCCUGUUGCCGUCUCGCGUCACUCACCUGGUCAUCCGCCGCCCCCCGCUCUUUGACUUCCACGCCGGGGACUAUGUGUUCGUGAACAUCCCCGCUAUCGCCACGUACGAGUGGCAUCCCUUCACCAUUAGCAGUGCACCGGAACAAGAAGAUUAUCUGUGGCUGCACGUGCGCGGAGUGGGCGAGUGGACCAACAGACUCCACGAGUACUUCGAGCGCGAACAUGAGCGCCUGCACGCCAAGGACUCGCGCACGCACCAGAAACUGAACCGCUCAAUCUCAAACCAAAGCAACUGGAGCAAACGCAAGUGCUCGUCGGGAAGCACGAAGGCCAAGCGUUCCGUGGACUUCUCCCCGACCUCGUACACCAACGACGGCUUUUGCUUAGACGAGGAAAACAGCGUCGUCUCGAAAGCACUCUCUCCACAAGUGCGCAUGACACGAACGAGACUUCUUCUCUCUCCGCUCCGAUUACUGGAGAAAUCCCGUUCUAUGCCCGAUAUGCACAAUAACAUCAAGAAACAGAGAGUGCAGACGCUGCGCGAGUACACGCGCUCGGAGUCGGAGCUGGCGCUGUCCGGCGGCGCGGCGCGCUGCGCGGCGGCUCGCUCGCCGCACCACAAGGCGCUGGCGCACAGCUUCCGCUACAUGCGCAACAAGCCACCGAUCAUCGCCUUCAAGACGCCCAGCUUCGAGGACUGCGAGCGGAGGCGCUCCAACGACAGUAUACUCACUAUUGCAAGAAGACGUCUUUCCAAGAGUCUAUCGCCUGAUAAGGAUACGGAAGCAAAAAAUGAGACAGCAAACGCAAAUAUCGGCGCAUCGGAGUGCAGUAACGAUGACAAUAUGGACGACUAUCCUAUUGGCAAACCAUUAGAGAUAUACCUAGAUGGUCCGUACGGCGCAGCAUCGUCUCAUAUCUUCCGCGCGCAUCACGCGGUGCUGAUCGCGGCCGGGAUCGGCGUGACGCCGUUCGCGUCCAUCCUGCAGAGCGUGAUGCGGCGGCACCGCGCCGCGCGCACGCCCUGCCCGCGCUGCGGACAUGCCUGCCCCGUGCCGCUGCCGCACCGCCACAUGGCGCUCAACAAGGUUGACUUCUUCUGGAUAAACCGGGAGCAGCAGUCGUUCGAGUGGUUCGUGUCGCUGCUGUCGCAACUGGAGAUGGAGCAGGCGGAGCUAGGCGAGCAGCGCUUCCUGGAGAUGCACAUGUACAUCACCAGCGCGCUGCAGCGGCACGACAUGCGCGCCGUCGGCCUGCAGCUGGCGCUAGACCUGCUACACGAGAAGGAGAAACGAGACCUGAUCACAGGGUUGAAGACGCGCACGAACGCGGGACGGCCCAACUGGGACAAAGUGUUCCAGCGGCUGCAGCAACAGCGCCACGGCAAAGUGACAGUGUUCUACUGCGGGCCGCCGCAACUGGCGCGUGUGCUGCGACGCAAGUGCGCGCACUUUGCCUUCGACUUCCGCAAAGAGGUCUUUUAG